AAAAUGAUAAAAAAGGAAAAGAAAAGUAGGAAUCAAUUACAGACAUUAUUGGGUUUUCUUUUCUUUUCCUUUUUCCUCUUCCGAGAGAAGACGAUGAUGUCGUUGAGUUAAGCUGUUGUUUUCUCUCGACAACCUUAAAAAGAAAGGAAGAAGCUUUCUCUCUUCUCUUGAGAGUUUUUGAAAGAAACGUUUUUUUUUUGUAUAAAAUAAAAUAAAAAUGGGAGUGGGAAGACAUCAGAAAUCUGCAACUUCUGGUGUUUCAGCGAGAUGGGUUUUUCUUCUCUGCAUUUCUAGCUUCGUUCUUGGUGUUCUUGUCGUUAACAGGAUAUUAGCAACUUCUGAGACCAUAGAUGGCAAUGAGAGAGCUUCAUUUGAGCAGAAUGAUCAAGCUAGUUCACUUCAUCCUCUUGUUGAUUGCGAGAGCAAGGAAGGAGACAUUCUAUCUCGAGUUUCGCAUACUCAUGAUGUUAUCAAGACAUUAGACAAGACAAUUUCAUCGCUUGAAGUAGAACUAGCCACAGCUCGAGCAGCAAGAUCUGACGGUAGAGAUGGAUCUCCAGCUGUUUCAAAAUCCAUAGACGCAGACCAAUCGAAUCAACGGCCUCGGAUGUUCUUUGUGAUGGGAAUCAUGACUGCUUUCAGUAGCAGAAAACGAAGAGACUCGAUAAGAGGAACCUGGCUUCCUAAAGGGGAUGAGUUGAAAAGGCUAGAGACAGAGAAAGGAAUCAUAAUGCGAUUUGUCAUUGGUCACAGUAGUUCUCUUUCUGGAGGAGUCUUGGAUCACACCAUUGAAGCUGAAGAAGAACAACACAAGGACUUUUUUCGCCUGAAUCACAUAGAAGGCUAUCAUGAAUUGUCAUCUAAAACCCAAAUAUACUUCUCAUCUGCUGUUGCAAAAUGGGAUGCAGACUUCUACAUUAAAGUGGAUGAUGAUGUUCACGUAAAUCUCGGAAUGCUUGGUUCUACAUUGGCUCGCCACAGAUCAAAACCGCGGGUGUACAUUGGUUGCAUGAAGUCUGGACCUGUCCUUGCUCAAAAAGGAGUCAAAUACCAUGAGCCAGAAUAUUGGAAGUUUGGUGAAGACGGAAACAAGUACUUCAGACACGCUACUGGACAAAUCUAUGCCAUCUCCAAAGAUUUAGCAACUUAUAUCUCAGUAAACCGGCAACUACUUCACAAAUAUGCCAAUGAAGAUGUCUCGUUAGGAUCUUGGUUUAUUGGUCUCGAUGUUGAACAUAUCGAUGAUAGAAGCCUCUGCUGUGGAACACCCUUGGAUUGUGAGUGGAAGGGUCAAGCAGGGAACCCUUGCGCAGCAUCUUUCGACUGGAGCUGCAGCGGACUCUGCAAAUCUGUGGAAAGAAUGCUUGAAAUACAUCAACGAUGCGGAGAAGACGAAGGAGCAAUCUGGCACACCAGUUUCUAAAGCUAUAAAAAGCUCUUUGACCAAGUAAUGUAUAGUUUCAGGUUCCUUCUUGAUGGAUGAUUAGUAUAAGUUAUGGUUAUGAUUAUGAUGUGACGUUCAUGUAUACCAUUAGAGGGAUCGUCUAAAGCCCCAAUUUUUGCCUCCUAAA